AUGCACAACACAUUUACAAGGAUCCAAAAUGUCUUCGGGUUCUUCACCUCUGUGGCUUUCACUGUCGCUGCCGUGAUCGCCGUGAGCGUGCUCUUGUGUCCCCAGUCUCCAAGCGCAAAGCUUGAGCUACAAAAUGUUAGAGUUGUGAAAGGUCGCCCGCAUUACUACAGCACUAAACGCGAGGAGUACGCUCACGUCACCUUUGAUCUCGAUGCCGACCUCUCUACCCUGUUCAACUGGAACACGAAGCAGAUUUUUCUCUACAUCACCGCAACCUACCCAUCCGCCUCCCCGAGCACGAUUCCUCCUUCAGAAGCCGUGAUUUGGGACGCCAUCAUCCCUGCCGAUGACGCACCCUCCCACCCCAACACAUACGUUCACCCUGAUCGCAAGGCGAAGAAGCCAGCCGCGGGCAGCAAAAAUAAGAAGCGGGCUGCGAAAAAGGUCAAGGGAAAGCCUUACCCUGCGGGCACUAAACCCGGCAUCCUGCGCCUUGCUUCACAGAAGCCGAAAUACCAAAUCACGGACGUGAGCGGCAAGAUUGCCUCGCGAGGGAAUGCGACUCUGACGCUGCAUUGGAAUAUUCAACCAUACGUUGGCGUGCUCACAUGGAGCUCCCAUUCCCCGAUCACGAAGGCUUUGGCUUGGAGGUGGAAGGCACUGGAAGGAGGACAGAGCGAGGUGUUUGAGUUCCCACCGCUGUUGAGUGCGGAAAACGUGAAGAAGGAAGAUCUGAAGACGGAAAAGGGUGGCGAGGCGCAUCGCUUAAUGGCUGGAUGA